AAAGGGGAAAGGAAGAUUUAGGGUUUAAGGGGUUUAGGGUUCUUCCCUUCGUGAUCCGGCACAAUGCGGCACCGGGUGGAUCACCGGAAGCUCGGCCGAACGGCCGAGCAUCGAUGGGCAAUGCUCAGGACGAUGGUCUCGCAGCUGAUCGAGCACGAGAGAAUCGAGACGACCCUAGCGAAGGCAAAGGAGGUGAGAAGAUUAGCGGACAAGAUGAUCACGCUCGGGAAAGCGGGAACGCUCUCUGCGAUUCGAAGAGCCGGCGCGGUGCUACGCACAGACGAGACCGUCCACAAAGUUUUCUACAAGCUUGCUCCUCGCUAUGCAGAUCGACAUGGUGGCUACACAAGAGUCGUCCAAACUCGCCACAGACUAGGAGAUAAAUCGAUGAUGGCUUUCUUAGAAUUUAUUGAUAGACCCGGAGAACUAAGGCCUCCAAAGCCACCGGCAACUCCACCACCUCCUCGAGAACCAAUUUUGCCGUGGAUCAAGUCGAAGCUAGCUCGCAUAACUCUACCUCCAGGACUCACUCGAGCGCAAAAGCCACCCUGGGAAGGCACUCACCAGAUCAAGCGAAAAGUCCGCAGUAGAAGGCCUACGAAGAAGGACAAGGCCAGGGCCGCCAGGGCCGAUGCCGAUGCCGCCAGAGCCAAGUUAAACGAAGCCAAAGCUCUAGCCGAAGAAAAAGAGGAAGCCUCUUCACAAAGUUCUCGAGACGAACAGCCCCAGCCAAAGCCAAGCUCAAGUUCAAGCUCAUCGAAAGAGGAACAAUAAGUCGCGUGAAAACACCGAGACUCGUAAGUUUUUGGAAAACAGAUAAUCGGAAGAGCUAGCUGAGACUCAGAAGAUCCACCGCCUGUUGAAGUAGCCUUCUCUCUUGGCGUUGUAGAAGGCGCAGCAUCCAACCGAAUAAACCACGAUUAGGAA